CACCUAAUGUCAAUAUUGACAAUAAUUCAUCCAAAAAAUAGCAAUGUCUAAAAUUUAUAAUUUUUGUAUGUAUUUAUUUUGAUUGUGUAUGGUGGUGUAUUCCAAUUAGGAUAGGAAACUAUAUAAAAGCCAUUUCAAACGCAAGUUUAUUUUAUAUAAACUAUCACAGCAAAUAAUUGUGUGUUCCAAACAUGUACUUCCUAUCAUCCAAAUUAAGUCGGAUACCUCGUCAAAUAACUGCAUUGCAGAGAAUAUCACUGUUGCAAGAAUGUUCUAAGGUUGUACUUCCUGUAACACCGUCUAAGGCACUAUGUUUUCAUCGAUCAUACAGCGCCCAUAGCCAGUCUCAAGAUGCUGAAGGGUUCCGGAAGUACUCUUACAAAUAUAUGUGCUUUUCUCUUCUUUUCGGGGCCACUGCCUAUGCCUCUUACCGAAUAUGGCUUGGUUACCAAAUAUUUCCAUUAAUAACGGCUGCUGAAGAAAUAUCGGAAUCUGACUCUGAAACUGAAACUGAAAUUGACACAAAAAAGAAGAAAUUUAGGAAAGAAAAAGUUGGCUUCAGAGACAGAAAGAUAAUUGAAUAUGAAAACCGCAUGCGUCAUUAUUCCACACCGGACAAGGUGUUUCGGUACUUCGCCACUCUGCAGGCGCAACACCACGAUCAGCAUGAGGUUUUCAUGACACCCGAUGACUUCCUCAGAUCCAUGACACCGGGGGUCAAGCAGCCUGAUGGUUUGGGAUUGGACCAAUAUCGCAGAUACGACCCUAAGAAUGUCGAUGAGAGCAUCAGUCAACGCCUGAAUCUGGACUUGGACGAAAACUCCAUCUUCUACAAGCUGGGCUCGUCCGGGCUCAUCACCUUCAGCGACUACAUCUUCCUCCUCACCGUGCUGUCCACGUCGCGCCGCCACUUCGAGAUCGCGUUCCGCAUGUUCGACCUGAACGGCGACGGCGACGUGGACUGCGAGGAGUUCGAGAAGGUGGCCGCGCUCAUCCGCCAGCAGAGCAGCAUCGGCAGCCGCCACCGCGACCACGCCAACACCGGGAACACCUUCAAGGGAAUCAACUCGGCACUAACAACCUACUUCUUCGGGCCCAAACUAAACGAGAAACUCACCAUUGAGAAGUUCCUGGACUUCCAACACCAGCUGCAGAAGGAGAUCCUCUCCCUCGAGUUCCAGAGGAAAAUGCCCGACGACAACGGCCGCAUCACCGAGGCGGACUUUGCUGAGCUUCUGCUGGCGUACGCCGGCUACCCCGCCAAGAAGAAGGCCCGCAUGCUGAAGAGAGUCAAGAAAGCGUUCCGCGACCACGGCAUCGGUAUAACAAAGGACGAUUACCUGAACUUCUUCCAUCUGCUCAACAACAUCAACGAUGUCGAUACAGCGCUGACAUUCUACCACAUCGCCGGUGCUUCUAUAGACCAGCCGACGCUACGCCACGUGGCGCGCACGGUGGCGCAUGUGGAACUACACCCGCACCUCAUCAACGUCGUGUUCACCAUCUUCGAUGAGAACAUGGACGGGCAGCUAAGCAACCGCGAGUUCGUGGCUGUCAUGAAGAACCGCCUCCUGCGCGGGCUCGAGAAGCCGAAAGACACGGGCUUCGUGAAACUCAUGCACUCGCUCAUCAAGUGUGCGCGGGACACUAAGCCGGCCUUACUGGACUUUUAAUGUCGAUAGUGAUAAGUAUUGAUUGUGCUGAGUGUCUGUUUUGAUCGUUAACGUAAAGUAAAUUAAGUCAUCGGUUUCGUACAAAGUGGCGCCUCUAUCGGAAACUUUGAUAAGAAUGAUAAGUUCAGAAAUUAAUGCAGAUGAAAAUACGAAUAUUUCGAAACUAACACUCAGCACACCCGUCUUUGCACCAUUAUUGGUUUGUGACUCAUACUUCUUCUAUUCUAUGCUAUAUGGUAUCUAGCGAAUAGUAGUAUUCAGUAGGGGAUUUAUAUAAAAAAACGCUCUCUUCCUUCUUGGUCUCGUAAUAGUCGUAAUUAUAUAAACUUCAAGAAAUUUCAUGAAAAAAACCCAUACUCGAAAAGUUCUCGUUCUCUGCUGGUUGACAUUUUUUCUAUGGGUAAUCAAUGAUUUUUUAAACCAAGCCACAUGAUUCUCCACAGA